GUCAGAAUUUGGAUGAGAUGAAAAAGCGUAGUUUAUGAUCUGGCAACGCACUGCUCUUGAAUUUUGGAUUGCAAUUAAUAAUUUGAGAGAUUUUUUUAGAGAAGUAGUUGGGAUAAGAUUGAUAUUUUUGUGAUCCCAAUCUGGCAACACACCAAAGUUUUGAAUACAGCUGAAUUUUGUGGAGAGUUUUGCUGAAAAUUAAAGGACAUUUGACAAGAAUUCGAGCAUGGAUCAACCGGCCAGCAGCUGCAUGAGGAGCGCUCACCCUGGCAGUGCGAUCUGGGGCUGCAUGCGUAACCCCCAUCACCCGGGAGGACAGGUCAACCUCCAGUCGCCCUACCAACCGCAGCCGCCCUUCACCCUGCACCAGAAGCCCGAUUUCCUGGCCUACACUGCGGAUUUCACCCCCAGCUCCUGCCUGGUGCCUACCCCAUACCCGCGAGACGACAGACUGUACUCCACUGACGCUCAGGCGGGGUACCAGAGGGUGGCGGAGUGGCAGUUCAGCUCCAGGGGUCCAGAGGCGUGCGCACCUGUCGCCCCCUCGGCCGGAGCGGUGGCGGGGGUGGGCGCGGGGGGCACGGGGGGCAGCGUGGGGCCGGAGAUGGACAGUGUGGACAGGAUGCCGGGGUGCCUGGACGGAGAAUACUCGCCGCAGAGUGUAGCGUCGGGAGAUUCGGACAAGAAAACCAGCAAUAAAAGGAAAAGAGACGCUACAGACCUGCAGGAUUCCAGUUUUAAGGUGGACUCGAGCUGUAAGGCGAGGAAGGAGCGCACGGCCUUCACCAAAGAGCAGCUGAGGGAGUUGGAGGCGGAGUUUACGCACCACAACUACCUGACCAGACUGAGGCGCUACGAGAUCGCCGUCAACCUGGACCUCACAGAGAGACAGGUGAAAGUGUGGUUCCAGAACAGGAGGAUGAAGUGGAAGAGGGUGAAAGGCGGACAGUCCGGAUCUCCAAACGAACUGGACAAUGAUGACAUAGACUCUGCUGCCUCCCCCAGCUCAGAAUAACAGCACCCGCCUGACGCUGCGGGACACCCGGAGACACGUACGCAACAAAACAUGGAAGUUCAACGGACUUUUGACGUGA